AUGGCUACUCCUCAUGCAGAGUAUGGUAUAGUGGUCAACCCGGAAAAGACGUUGGCAAAUUUUGAAGCAGCAAUCGGCACUCACAAGAUUCCGAGACAUGCAGGCGAGGACUUCCCUUACUGCGGUGUCACAAUCAACACUACGGAUCUGCAGCUCGGAAAAGAUCGCCAGAAGAAGGAUCUCGUUGUUGCACAUGGAUUGACUGUAGACACCACGAAGAGACUCGGGAUGGCGUUUGCUCGCAAAGUCCGUCUCUCUUUCGUUCAGCAGCUUCAUCGCAUGCUCAUGGACGACGAAUUGAACCAGCCUUGGAGGAGACUACUCACACUCCUGGAGGCCUUCGAAGAGACAGCUAUGAAGAUGUAUCAGUAUGUCCGCAACCUCCCGAAAGGACGGCAGCCUUCGCCGAUCCAAAUGAUUCGAGUCGUUGGUGAACUUGGUCGCUUGGGUUUGCGGAACGGUCGAUCGGGUUGUAAGGGCAGUAGCGAUCAGACAGCAUCGUGCCUAAGCCGGCGGGAGAUCAUCUGGGCACUGUCGAGUGCAUUCUUGCAUGUCUUUGGGAAGAAGCAGGCCCAGCAUGGUGCUUUAUUGGAGCAUUUGCGGCUGUUGAAGACGGCAAGCCAGCACGGCCUGCGGGUCGAUAAUUCGCGGCUGAGACAGCUGCUUGUACAACGUGAUGCGACAUUUGUAGAUUAUGUGUAUUAG